AUGUGCUUUGCCAGCGCCGAGAGCGUGGGCGCGGUGCUCAUGGCGGAGUCGGGGCGCCUUGCCGUGGAGGUGCGGUUCCAGCUGGACAAACGCCUGGCGGAGGCCGCGCAGAACGCGGGGGCCAAGGAGCUGCAGAUGCAGCGCACCGAGCUCUUCCAGGCGCUGGACGCUGCUGAGCAGGGCAGGACGAAGCCAGGCGACUCCUCGGGCACGCUCACCUGGCCUCGCGGCUUUGGGCACGCCUUUGUCACGAGGUAUCAGCUUCGCACCCGUCACAUGGUGCCCACAGAAGUGGGCUCCGGCGAGUGGAGCUCUUGGGAGGUGUUCCCAGAUCACGCGUUGCCCGCUGAGCAGCCUGGAGGAAAUCCUCCUCAGAUGAAGUGGUACAAAUCUCCAGUGCCUCUCCCAGAGAACCGCGACCUGGUGGCCGGCACGUCCGUUGCCUCCAGCGAGACGGUGCAGGUGUGUGUGCGAGUUGGUGAUGGUUUUAAGUGGUCGCCCUGGAAGGCUGCCAAGGAGCUCCAGGUUGUCCUUGACAAGCCCUGCCCUGCGCAGGAGGAGGCCGCUGCCAGCUGGUCAGGCACUGUCUGCAAGGUGUCCUGGCCGCCGGCCAUGGCCCAUGCAGGCAUCCAGGAGGUGGAAUACCAGCUCUUGGUGGUCCCAGACAGCGCUUUCCUGAAGCCUUUCGUAGGCGCGGUGAUUAUCGCGCCGGCCAUGGAGGGCCGGGCGCGCAAGCGCCGGCCCACGCCCAGCAAGACUGUGACCGUCAAGGACAUGGCCCGCGCCUUCCCGCUGAAGAGCGUGCCUAAGCUGGUGGCCGGUCAGGCCAGGCUGAGACCAGUGGACCGAGAAGGCAGAGAUGAUGUGGCGGUGGAGUUCACGGACCUUUGCCCGGAUCUACGCUACUCCUUCCAGGUUCUGGCCCGGUAUCCCACCGUGGGACCCAGAACAUUCACUAAGGUCUACGAGAUGAACCAGCUCGCCCGAAUGCCAUCGGAGGCCGGCGAGGCUGCCGAGGGAGAGGCCGUUGCGCCCCCAGUGCUGGUGCAGGUGCCCCUGGAGGGCCAAGAGAAGGAGAAGAUGCAGCGCUGGCUGCAGGACGAGGGGCGUUUGGUACUCCUCACCUGGCCGGGCUUGGUGCCUGAAGCGGAGAACCCCCGGCAAGCCAGCGUCAUGAAGCUGUCGGACAACUCCUCAGCCAGCAACAGGCAGUAUGAGGUGCAAGCCGCACGCUACUCGCCGGCCGGAGGUGACGAGUGGGCGCCUUGCCCAGUGGUCUCCGCAGCGUUCCCCUUCGAAGGCACGACCUGCGUGGCGGUGCGUUCAUUGCCCUUCGCCAUCGGCCAGUUUCGGCUCUUUGACCCCCAGACCAUGCGGGCGGGGCCGGCCACGGCGCCUAUCGUCACUGUCUACGAGCGCGUGGAGCCGCCAAUUACAGAGAUGUUGGCCCUGGGUCGACCGCCCAGGACCUUGGCGGUUCGCCUGCAGAUCCCACUGGACAUGCCAGAGGGCACCGGCAGUCGUGCCACCUCCUGCCAGAUUCGAUUCAGAUCAAUGGGUCGGGACGAGGAUGCCUCGCAGUGGGAGGAGCUGGCGGCCCAGAGUUUGCACGGCCAGGGGGACUUGUGCACGCCUGCCAGCAUUCUGGUUCGGGAAGAAGACGGGCUGGAGCUUGGCCACGUCUACGAGUUCCAGGUGCGCAUCGGCGAUGGCUGCCGCAGCGGCAACUGGUCCAAGUCGUCGAGACCUCUGCGCUUCGCAGUGUCGCUGCCGGUACCUUCUCAAGGUGGCGGUUUGAAGGUCAUCGAGAAGGGGGACCGAGCUGAGAUCAGCUGGUCGCCCUUUCAGCCAGACCAGGCACUGGCCGCACAGCUUCCAGGCUUCACCCAGCUGCCCAUCGAGUACACGCUGAGCGUGGUGGGCGGUACUUCCAAGGAGCCUGUGUGCAGCUUGAUGACCUGCGAGACCCAUCUGCUGGUGCCGGGGCUACGGCCUUUGACCGCCUACUCCGCGAUGCUGGUGGCUCGCUGGUCACGCUUUGGCAGGCUGAGUGAAGGCCGAGAUCAGAAGCACACGCUCAUGGCUGCCUUUGUGACCUCAGGGGCAGGCGGCACCCAACUUACCGCGGAGCUGUCGGUGCGGAUGCCCUGCGAGCAGUUGGACGGGUACGGCCCGGCAGCGCCUGCCACUGCGCGGAUCCCGCUGGAAGGCGGGCAGCCGACGGCGGUAACCCUGGACUUGGACCCGUACUUUGUGCAGCCGCGCAUGGGCCACCAGAGUCCAGACUUCGUUCGCAAGCCAUCGGUGCCUCGGAGACAGGAAGCCGACUCGGAGGUGGAAGAUGGAGGUCAGAAGCCGAUGCUGCCAUCCUUGGUGCCGAUGCCUCCGCCCAAGUUCACCACCCGCGAUCCCAUGUCCUUCGCCUUGCUCAACCCCGUGGUCAGCAAGCCCACGGGGCCGCGCCCGAGCCCCCGGCGGCGCCUGCCGUAA